AUAUGGACCGCUACAGCUUGGCUAAGUUUGUUAUGGUCCUGUGUCAAAUUUCCAGAAUUAUCAUUGUUAAGAGAUGAAUUAUGGCAGAAAUGAUGCCUAAUUUAUGGCCUAGACUUCACAUAGAUUUUUUUUCUUUAGAGAACUUUCUCAACGCUCAAGCUAUCAUGAAGCGGGUGUUAUGGUAAACUUUCCUUUAUAGAUCAGCAAUCUAUAGAAAGGUCGCAAUAUUUAUGGUUUGCACGAAAUAAAAAGAGACCUAUACAGUUUUGUAAAUAUAUAGAAUUUCCUUCCUACUUCUGGGCGCUUCUCUUCAUUAUUUGGUGCCUUAUUACAUCCCUUCUGGCACAAUUCAAUAAAAUGCGUAAAAUAAUGCAAAAUUAUCCCAAAAUAUUUUCAAUUGGCUUGUUUUCCGCCAAAGGACCAAACUAUUAUCUUUUAGAAAUGUCUUCGUAUAAAAUAAAAUUACAAUCCAAAGGUUGGUCCAGUGCGGCACUGUGUCCAAAAUUGCAUAUAAAUGAUUAUUCUAUAGUUGAUCGCCAACUAAAUAUUGAAAUAAGUGGUGAGAAUCCUUUUUAUGGUUGCGGUUGCGUUUGUCUGUUAUUGAGCGCUACAACUAUACUUGAGGAAAGGAAUAAAAUGCCGGAAAGGGGAGGAGUAUUACCACCUGGUUAUGCCUUUUACAAUACCAAUAUUAUACAUAAGUUUCAAAAUUAUCCAAAUUAUUUGCGCAUCAAAGUUUUAUAAAAGUUAAAAAAAGAAAGCACGAGCAUUGAAACCCCU